AUGCUCCUCUUAAUCGUCUUGCAGCUGCUUUCAACUUUGUUCGCCAUCGCGCCUGUUGUGGCGCAGGAAUCUGCAGGCGGUAUAAAUCUUCCAGAUGGAACGGUUCCUCACGUCUACGACCCAGGGUUCUCCAAGAACUUUGCAGAUAUGGACGUUCCAGGUACCCUUCGAAGAAUGCGUGUUGUCCAGCAGGUUAUCCUGUUUGCUGCCUUUCACCGUCCACCGUCUGCUGUCGCUCGGGUGCAUUCUGCGUCGGUUUACGGACUUGCUGCAGGUCCCCACAAACCGCUUGUGGAGAAGGAUGUUGUAAUGCCGGACAUACUUGUUGCAGCGGUCGUUGUUGUGAUACUGGGUACACGUGCUCUGCAGGAAAGCCAGUAUCAGCUCCGUUCGUACCUAUCCGUUCAGUCGGCCUUGUCGGUUCAAUCUUCUUUGUCGGUCCAAUCUGUCCAGGCGUCUUUGGCCGCUCAAUCAUCCUUGUCCGUUCUAUCCGUCCAGUCAUCUUUAUCCGUUCAAUCCACCUUAUCUCCUCAGUCGUCGCCACCUGCUGUGACUCCCACCAGUACCACAAGCAGCAUGAAUGGCGGAACAAUCGCCGGCGCCACUGCCACAGCAGCUCCCGAACCACAGGCAAAGAACAACACCGGUGCCAUCGUCGGGGGCGUCGUGGGUGGGAUCGCUGCUAUAUGUCUCCUCAUCGGAUUCAUAGCGGUGCUUCUUUACAAGCAAAGGAAGCAGAGUUCUGGCACGAGCGAAGUAGCCUCGACAUAUAGGGCACAAGUCAAUAGCCCGGGCAUCCCUGGAUCACCCGGAAGCGUACCGAGUGGCUACGGGUACCCGAACACUAGUGCACCCAUACCUGCUCUCGUCUACAACCAAAAUGAACUGUACCCAAACCAUCUGCACGAGAAGAAUACGUAG